GCUGCUGCUGUCGACGCUGCUGCUGCUGCCGCCAGGCUCAUUCAGUAUAACGGUAUACGUCGACGAUUGAAGAACACAAAAGUUAAACGACGGCCAGCUUUCAAAGGCAGCAGCCUCACAAGUUUCACUUAGUGGGUUUUGGCUGCAAUCUGAUAGAAAAGUGCAACAUUUGACAUUUGUGGCAGCCGGUGCAGGUGUAGAAAUCAUUUAAAAUAUUCAAAUCAAACGAGUUGCACGGCAAAAUUGUCGUUUGGCUAACGGAAAUUUCGAAAAAUAUUGCACGCCUACGCGAAUUUUGCGAGCCAAUUACAACCACCAGCUGCCCGCUUGCUGUGUGCGUGCGUGCGUGCGUGUGUGUGGCCGUGUGCGUGUGCGCGCAUUGGUAUUGGUGCUGGUGUGAAAAUCAAUAAACUCUGUAGUCUGUGUGAAAGGGCAACAGCGGAAUGUACGGUCCAUAUUAACCGGCCAUAUGGUAACCAAAUUUCCAGCCAGAUGUCAAGUGCUUAAUUGAAACUUGCAUAUUCCAAUCACAAUACAAAAGAGAAGGCAGCUAAUAAAAACGUUAAACUUUUUUGAUAAAAAUUAAAUAAAUAAAAGUAAGCUGGACAAAUAUGGGCAGGCGAAUGGAAAUAACCUGCGCACUGAUUGCACUCCUGAUGUGCAGCAUAUUGGGUCACUGCGAAGUGUCCGUUUACCCAGGUCUGCGUCGACGUCCUAUACAGCCGGCGCCCAUGGAGCCGCAGCAGUAUGAGCAGCUCAUGGAGGAUCAUGCCCGUCGCCGACUGCAGCAACAGUUCGAGCAGCAGCUGGAGCUGAUCAAGCUGAAGCUGCAGAAGCAUCAGCGGCAGCUGCUGGAGCUCGAGCGCAUUCGCCAGCGGGAGCAGGAGGCGCAAUUAAUGGCCGAGACGGAGAACAAUUACGACAACAACAAUCUGAACAAUCAGCAAUACGAUCAGUAUGAUAACGUUGAGGGCGAUGCCGCCUACGGCAGUCCACUGGAUGCCGUGCCCGAUGUUGUGCGUCCGCCGCCGCCGCUGCCGAUGCAACUGCCGCUGCCCAGCUUCAAUAGUCUGGAGGCGAACGGUGGCUACAGUCGCAAUAACCCGGGCUACACACGCCAACGCAUACCCUUCGCCGUGGGCCCCAACGAUGAGCGCUUCUUUGACAACGCCAACGAUCCGUCAGGUGAGCUGGACUCACGUGCUCUAGAAGAUUACGAGGAGUAUGCACCGGCACCGGAAUCAACCGACACCGAGGUGGCUACCUCCAAGAGCAAGCUGGUCACAGCUUCGGUGCCGGCACCGAAACCCGUGGAGCCGCCCAAGCUGCUGGACACGGCCACCGCCAACUUCCAUCGCAUCAAGCCCCAAUCGGCGGCCGCUGCAGCUGUGGCCGGCGUCAACUUGCCCCUCUCCAAGGAGAUGCCCAACGAGAUAAAUGCGUUAAUCGAUAAGCUGCAGAAGCAAAGCAAAUCCUCCCAAAUGGCAUACGCGGCCAGCACCGGCGACGAUCAGAUUGUGCUGCGCCAGCAUCUGGGCAUGAACAGCGAAAUGGGCGUCUAUAUUGUGGCACUCAUAGCGGGCGUCAGUGCGGCUGUAACUGUGGGCCUACUAGCCCUAGGCGUUACCUGGUUCCACAAUCGCACCAAAGCUGCCGCAGAUGUUGAUUAUCCGGCUUAUGGCAUAACCGGGCCGAAUAAGGAUGUGUCGCCGUCGUGCGAUCGCAAGCUGGCGCAGAGCGCUCAAAUGUAUCACUAUCAGCACCAGAAGCAACAGAUUAUUGCCAUGGAGAAUUGCCAGGCGACCGACGGCAGCUGCGGCCUGUCCGAUGUGGAGAGCGACGAUGACAACGAGGAGGGCGAUUAUACUGUCUAUGAAUGUCCCGGCCUGGCGCCCACUGGCGAAAUGGAGGUCAAGAAUCCGCUCUUCCUGGACGAGACGCCGGCCACGCCAGCCACAGGCGCCAAUGCCGCCGCCACCACCACCACCAAGUCCGCCAAUGCCGCCGCCGCCAGCGCUAGCUCCACCGCAGUCGCCAACAAUGCCGCCAAUAACAACAUUACGCAGGCCACACCACAACAGCCGGCCACACAGAAGAAGGGCUCGGUCAAGCCGAAUAUGAAUCUGUUGAAUGCCGCGGCCACGGCCGCUGCCAAAGCUGCCGCCGCUGCCGCUGAGGAGAAGCAGAAGCGCAAGAACAAGAAGUAAAUUGUUGGAGGUGAAACGUUUUUCUCUCCCCCCCUCCCUUUC